ACAGCAUUUGCUAAAUGUAACCUUAUUCACUAAUGUCUCUCCACAUUUCUCUCCAUCUUAACAUUCCUUACAAACCAAACUCUAUAAAACCUGCUCAAAUUCUAUCACCUUAUUCUAUUUCGAUCAACACCAACAAAAUAAAAUAGACAAAAAUGAGCAGCCAGCAGCAGGAAAGGCGCGAAGAAGAUGGAAUAAUUAAGUGCGAGGAUUUGUUUUCGAUUCAAGGACAUAGAGAUGCUGCAAUGAUGCAGGCGGCAGAUAUUAUAAUGAUGGGAGACAUCCGUAAAUCUGAUGCUGCGAAAAGUGACAGUGCUGUGCUUUUUGGUCGUAAUGAUUCCGUUAAAGGAACUGAUACGCAAGGAAGGCGGGUAAUCUCCGAAUCCAUUGCUGGACAGAUGGUUGGGCAAUAUAACCAAAAAGGGCUAACAUCAUCAGCAUCUUUUCAACAAGGUAAUAGUGGUAAUGCCAGUGGCGGAAUAACAAUCGGAGAAGCACUUGAAGCCACUGCAUUGACAGCCGGACAAAAGCCUGUUGAAUGGAGUGAUGCUGCUGCUAUUCAGGCCGCUGAAGUCAGAGCAACCGGACGAACCACCAUUAGCCCCGGCGGUGUUGCUGCUGCUGCCCAAUCAGCAGCCACCCUUAAUGCUAGAACAGCCAGAGAUGAAGAUAAGACCAAACUUGCUGAUAUCCUUUCGGAUGCAACUUCUAAGUUGACGGCGGACAGACCAGCUACUCGGAAAGAUGCAGAAGGGGUCACAGGUGCAGAAAUGAGGAAUGACCCAUACCUUACUACACAUCCAGCUGGUGUGGCAGCUUCUAUAGCUGCUGCUGCCAGGCUUAACCAGCAGAAUAACCUCAAAUGAUUUCACUAAAGUGUUUUUUUUUUUAAUUUAAGUGUUAGUUUGGUCCGAGUCUUCCUCUAUCAAUAUCAGUAAAUAUUCUACUGAAAUUGAAAUAACCGACUCGUCUCUGUUGCAUAUUCUGUAUAAAUUUUUUGCUUUUUGCUUGAAUACUAAUAGGCUGUACCUACAUCAAGAUUAAUAAAGAAUUUGAAUUUACCACAA